AUUCUUUAUAACUGCGCAGCGUCGGACCGGAAGGAAGUGGGUGUUAGCUGACUGACGUUAGCAAGCUACAGUUAUAAAGUCUGUUGCGGGUUCUAUGGAAGAGAUGUCAGGAGAGAGCGUGGUGAGCUCGGCAGUGCCAGCAGCUACAACCCGGACUACAUCCUUCAAGGGAUCCAGCCCCAGCUCUAAAUAUGUGAAAUUGAAUGUGGGUGGGGCACUGUACUACACUACAAUGCAGACACUAACCAAACAGGACACGAUGCUCAAAGCCAUGUUCAGUGGCAGGAUGGAGGUCCUCACAGACAGUGAAGGAUGGAUUUUGAUCGAUCGCUGUGGGAAACAUUUCGGGACAAUCCUGAACUACCUUAGAGACGGGGCAGUGCCACUCCCAGACAGCCGACGGGAAACUGAGGAACUGCUCGCUGAGGCCAAGUAUUAUCUUGUCCAAGGCCUCGCUGAUGAGUGCACAGCUGCCCUGCAGAACAAAGAAAGUUAUGAACCCCUUUGUAAAGUGCCUCUGAUGACAUCAUCUAAGGAGGAGCAGAAGCUUAUUGCAACCUCAAAUAAGCCGACUGUCAAACUGCUGUAUAACCGAAGCAACAACAAAUAUUCAUAUACCAGCAAUUCCGAUGACAACAUGCUGAAAAAUAUUGAGCUGUUUGACAAGCUGUCACUGCGGUUCAACGGUCGAGUUCUCUUCAUCAAAGAUGUGAUCGGGGAUGAGAUCUGUUGUUGGUCGUUUUACGGCCAGGGGCGUAAGAUUGCUGAAGUGUGCUGCACCUCCAUUGUUUAUGCCACAGAAAAGAAGCAGACAAAGGUGGAGUUCCCCGAGGCACGAAUCUACGAGGAGACCCUCAACAUCCUCCUGUACGAGUCCCAUGACGGGAGGGGUCCGGACAAUGCCCUGCUGGAGGCCACAGGGGGCGCUGCAGGACGUUCUCAUCAUCUGGAUGAGGACGAGGAGCGAGACCGAAUUGAGCGAGUUCGUAGGAUUCAUAUCAAACGACCCGAUGACCGCACACACCACCACCAGUGACCUUUCUCCUUCGACCCGCCAGCCCGUGUCUCUGACCCUGGACAGUGUUUGCACCACGCUUGUGCCUUACAUCACCCAGCGCCUUUCUGUCUCACUCCCACUCUUAUUUCACCAGCUGUUUCUCCAGGAGACUACGAUGAGAAGCGUGUCAUACAACAGUGUGUAGUGGUGACGUGAUUUUUGUGUUUGUGUGUGUGUGUGUCAUCUUCGUUAUGUGGUCUGACAGGCUGUAGUGUUUUGUUCUCUGUUUGUUGGUCAUGAUAACUUCUAUCACUGUUUUCUGCUCGUGUGCAGGAACCCCUAGACCUGAGUGUUUGCAUUCAAAACUGCAGGUGACCACAGCUUUACCUGAUCGUGUGAAAACAAAGAAUAGAAAGAGUAUUGUUGGUAUACAUCAGUUAUUUGAGGUCUUUACUACAUUACAACCAGGAGAAGAAGAAUGAUAUCAUGUUAGCAGCUAAAGAUUAAUGUACAUAAUGUUUGCCUCUCCUUACCACGGUUCUGACGGGUCAUCAAUGGAUCAACCAGAUGUUGUACACAAUGGGGCCACAUGUGGGCACUACUUUACUCUUAGAAUAUGUUACCAUGGCUAUUUGUGUAGCCUGGGGAUUAUAGCAAGUAAAUUUUUUUUUUAACUGUAUUCAUUUUUGAUAGUUAAGAUAUCACAGGUGACAACAUUUCACUGUAGUGCUUCUGCCAUAUUUAGUUUUAACAUGUAUGCAUUUUCCCUUCACUCCCAUAAAUGCUCAUUAUUAUUUUCAGUGGAGGGAACUUGAGCUGUGACCUGGGGUGUUACAUGUACUGGGCUGAUUGAAUGAUGGAUGCUGAGGUUGAAGUGAAGGACUGUAACAGGAGAUCUCUCGAGCAGGAAGGGAAUCCUGUCUACAAGCUUCUAACAGGGAGAGAAAUUAGACCUGUCCUUCAUCCCCGCAUUCAUCGGAGAAUGUUUGCACACGAUAGCUUUUAGUUUAAAUAUGUCUAACAAUCACAGUACUUGCAGGUCUCUUGUACAGAAGUGAACAUAUAUGUAUGUUUUAUAUUUAUACAUACUUUAUCACGAAUAAAUUUCUACAAAUCUUU